CCCCCCCCGCCUGGACCGGACCGGUACCACCCCCCCAGCCUGGAUCGGACCGGAACCACCAAAUCCAGCCGGGUUUGGACCGGUGCCGCCCCAACCUGGACCGGACCGGUGCCGCCCCCUCAGCUGGAACCAGGACAGAGCUGCUGGAUCCCUCCCCGGCCCGGCUUGGAGCCGGCCCCAGCGCUGCCAUGAGCUGAGGGCACCGUGCCCGGCGCUGGCCCGGCCGGCCAUGUGGGCACCAGAGCUGCCAUGACCCCGGAGACGGGACGCUGGGCACCGGUGCCUGGGAAGACGCUCUGAGCUGGUCCCGCCAGCAGAGGGCGCCGCCCGCCCCAUGGAUCUCCACCCCUUCGGCCCGCGGCCCCCCAGGGACGGAGGUGCUGACUCCCGGCACCAGCCCCCGGCCCGGGAGGCGCCGUCCGGGCGCCGGCUCAAACUGGAGGAGGACGAGGAGGCCGCCCGGCCGCGCGCCCCCCGGGCCCCACCCUGGCCACCCGGCCCCGGGGAGGCCGGGCCGGAGCAGGGCGAGGCUGCACGCUACGGUCGCUACCUGCUGAUCGACAGCCAGGGGUUGCCCUACACGGUGCUGGUGGAGGAGGCGGGCGCAGCGGGCGAGCGGGCGGGCCUGCGGAAGGUGUACUGCUGCCCGGUGUGCUCGCGGACCUUCGAGUACCUCUCCUACCUGCAGCGGCACAGCAUCACCCACUCGGAGCACAAGCCCCACGUCUGCCGGGCCUGCGGCAAGGCCUUCAAGCGCACGUCCCACCUGGAGCGGCACAAGUACACCCACGCCGGGCGCAAGCCCCACCAGUGCCCCAUCUGCCAGCGCAGCUUCCGCGACGCCGGCGAGCUGGCCCACCACCAGCGCGUGCACACGGGCGAGCGCCCCUUCCAGUGCGAGGACUGCCACAUGCGCUUCGGCGAGCGCAACACGCUCCAGCGGCACAUCCGGCGCAAGCACCGCCAGCAGCCGCCCACGCCCUGAUGGGCACAGGGAGUCCUGGAGCCGGACUGGCGCCGCCCCCGUGGGCACGGGGAGGCUUGGAGCCGGACUGGCGUGGCCCCGAUGGGCAUGGGGAGUCCUGGAGCCAGACCGGCGUGGCCCUGACGGGCACGGGGAGUCCUGGAGCCAGACCGGCGUGGCCCCGACGGGCACAGGGAGGCUCGAAGCCAGACUGGCGCGGCCCCGACGGGCACGGGGAGUCCUGGAGCCAGACCGGCGCGGCCCCGACAGGCACGGGGAGGCCCGGAGCCGGACUGGCGCCUCCCCGACGGGCACGGGGAGCCCUGGAGCCAAACUGACACCGCCCCGACGGGCAUGGGAAGCCGCCCUGACGGGCACGGGGAGCCCUGGAGCCGGACCGACACCGCCCGCACCCCGAUGGGCACGGGGAGCCCCGGAGCCGGACUGACACCGCCCGCACCCUGAUGGGCACGGGGAGCCCCGGAG